GUGAUCAUAGUUUCCGGAAAGCUCUCAUAUGUCAUUAUUCUGACUUUUCAAAAGAAUUAGGUUAAGUUUUGUCGAUAUCACUCGUAAAUAAAAGGUUAUAUUUAAUUUAAAAAAUUUACAUAGUUUUAUUAAUAAUUGGGCAAGUAAUAUUAUCGAUCAUAUUAAAGAAAAAAAUAAGUUGUGCGAAAAGCACUGGACAACAUUUAUGAAAUGGUAUAUUAUAUUUAUGUUGAUAGGCUUUAAAGAAUCCAUGUUAUUAAAAAGAAUGGUGCAUACAAAGUGUAGAGGUGUUUUAUACCCCUUUAGUGAUGUAAAAAGGUUACAAAUAAAAGAUGAACAAGUGCAUUGGUCCGUUUGUGUAAGUGAUUAUGAUCCUCCAGAAUACAAUUCAAAAGCUCUUGUGAACAAACCAUGGGCAGAUCCUCCUAUUGAAGACAAAAGUUUUAAACCUAAAUGGAACGAACUUGAUGGUGAUAUAAAUAGGAAAAGUCACACAGGUACUUAUAGAAUUGUUAAUGGUAGACCACUGAAUCCUGAAGGAAGAACGGGUAUUAAAGGGAGAGGAAUCUUAGGAAAAUGGGGACCUAAUCAUGCAGCAGAUCCUAUUGUAACUAGAUGGAAGAUGGAGGGUAAUAAAAAAGUUAUUAGUAAUACCACAAAUUUACCAAUUUUACAGUUCUGUGCUAUACAAAGACAUGAUUGUAAACAAUGGGCUAUACCUGGUGGUAUGGUAGACGCUGGGGAAAAGGUGAGUGAAACUGUACAACGAGAAUUUCGGGAAGAAGCUUUAAAUAAUUUACAAGUAUCCAAAGAACAAGCUGAGGCGGAUGAAAAGAUGAUAAGAAAUUUUUUCAAAAAUGGAGUUGUAAUUUAUGAGGGUUAUGUAGAUGAUCCAAGGAAUACUGAUAAUGCUUGGAUGGAAACAGUAGCUUAUAAUUUCCACGAUGAAGAUGGUUCUCAUGUUGGGAAAUUAAACCUAACAGCAGGGGAUGAUGCACAAAACAUACAAUGGAUGGAUAUUGACCAAAAUAUUGAUUUAUAUGCUAGUCAUUCAAAUUUCAUUAAAGCUGUUGUUGAAAGAUUGAAAAGUCAUUGGUGAAUUUUUCCUAACUAACUACAAAAAAUUUUUAAUAAACGUUUUAUACAAAA